AUGGCUUCGAUAGACUUUGCGCGGUUGCGCAACCAGACCAUGGCCGAUGGUCUCGACAGCGAGGUUACGGUCAACACUAGGGCAUUGAUAGACAAGGUUCUAGCCCGGUAUUCAAGCGAGCAUACAACAUUACGAGAGUUAAUACAGAACGCUGCGGACGCCAAGGCCAACACCGUCACCAUCAGGCUGGAGACUGAUCCCUCAUUAAGUAUCCCGACGCCCCAAGGAGCGGAGGACCCUGUACUGCUCAGACACAUCAUUCAGAACCAUACAUUGAAGCGAUUGGUAGUCACCAACAAUGGUCAAGCCUUUACCACCGCAGACUGGAGCCGACUAAAGAGCAUCGCGGAUGGUAACCCUGACGAGACUAAGAUUGGCGCGUUCGGUGUGGGCUUUUACAGCGUCUUCGCCGAUUGUGACGAGCCUUUUGUAGUAUCUGGAGAUAAGACUAUGGCGUUCUAUUGGAAAGGCAACACGCUUUCUACCAAGAUAGCAUCUGUUCCGGCGGGUCACGACACGACGAUGACCAUCUUCUCUCUAGACUAUCGGCAAGCGAAUCCGGCAUCGCCUUCCUACAGCCCCUCGAAGCUGCCCAAUUUACCAGAUCUAUGUCAAUUCCUCGCAACUAGUCUGACAUUUGUUGGGCUCGAGAGCAUUGAGCUGCACGUGGAUGACUACGUGGUUGCAUCUUUCUCGAAGAAGAUCUCACCCCCGGAGGACAUCCGAGUACCGCAAGGCCUCAGGACAGAGACGGAGGGUGGUCUCAUGCGUGUCACACAUGUCACCCGACAGCAUUCUCAGAUAGAUGCGGAGUGGCUCAAUGUGAUGGCUUCGGCGCAGCUGCCCCCAAAACGCGCUGCCGAUCUAGUGCAGCAAGAAGUCCGCAAUGCGGGAACUACCUUGAGGAGCUUCUUCUCAAAGUUCUCUGCUCCAGCCCCACCACCCAUUGUGAAAGCUGCGAAACCAAUACCGACAGAGAAACUCGGCUCGGACCAGGCUGUUGCAGGCGAGUCAAAGGGCACGAUUUUUUUGCAAGUGUACACCGUAGAGGCUUCUACAAAGGUGUCGCAAAAAUUUGCUGCCGAGAUCGAACGGGCCACGAAGAAGUCACCACCAAAGUCAACGAAGAUCGCUCUGUUGACUUCGCCUUAUCAAGACCCAUCAGCUAUGCUCUCGACCGGCUCCGGAAGCACCGCAGAAUUGUCCGCGAAGAUAUUUGCGGAAGUACUACCUACAAAAUCCGGUCGCAUCUUUAUUGGAUUUCCAACGGCUCAGACCACAGGUUACCUUGCCCACAUCUCAGCUCCCUCACUCAUUCCUACAGUCGAGAGAGAAAAUGUUGAUAUGAACGCACGAUACAUAUCCACCUGGAACAUUGAACUCUUGCGCGUAGCUGGCUUAGCGUGCCGCAUAUCUUACUUGUCUGAGAUGGCUGAGAUUCAAGCCCGCGUCAAGGCGGAAUCCGUGGAUGCCCUGGUGCCAAGAGCUAUAUACACCUUGCAGCAAUUCACAGCGAAUGCUUCCCAUCCAUCGACAGCGCUGGGUGAGAAGAUUGAUGAAGCCUUCUGGAGCUGCUCGAAAGAACGCUCGAUUGCCAUUCUUUCCACCAAGGGCGUUAUGGCUAGUAGGAACGUACGCAUGCCUGCAGAGACGCUGAGCUUUCUUGGCGAAGUUCCUAUGGUACCUCAGCAGCUCGCUACUGAAGCUGUUACAUUUAUGCUCAGCUUGCAUAGGCGCGGGUUCAUUACUGAACUCACAAUGCAAGAUAUUCGCCACGGGCUAGAAUCCCGUGCGCUCAAUGAAGAGGAACUAGGCGAGUUUCUACGGUGGUGUGGCGCGAAACUCGAGAAUGGCGAAAUCGACAUCCCUGGAUCGCGCAGCUUGUUCGAGAACACCGUGGCAAACAUCGACGUUCAACCAGACAAAAACUCGGGCAGAAUUCUUGCUCUUGGGGAUAUUAGCACAUACGUGAACCCGGCCAGGAUCACACCAACGUUGCCGUUGCCAGCUGAUACCAUACCAUUCGUCUUCACGAAGAAUAUGACAGCCAAGCAGCUGCAAAUGUUUGGCUGGAUUGAGCUGUCGAUGGUACGUUGGCUUCGGCACCUCACAACACCGCCGCAGCUGACAGACUUCACUACUUCCGACACACUAGCGUUAUCAGUACUCAGCCUGGCAUCGAAGUGCUGGGAACAGCUUGACGGCACCUCAAAGGAAACAGUUGUGAAGAUCCUCACUCCACAUGCCAUCAUGCCCACCAAAGUUGGCCUACGACGGCCACAGGAAUCUUACUUUCCCACUGUAAAGUUGUUCGACGACCUGCCUACAGUGAAGCCUUUCGCUGGGUCGAAAGAGAAGUUCCUACAAGCUCUUGGUGUUCGGAAGACCAUUGAUCUACCUAUGGUGUUUGACAGAAUGCGAAACAACGAAGCUGCUUCUGGUUCCGAGAAAUCAUCUUGGAAUCACGUUGAUUUGAUCAAAUACUUUGCGUCGGUUAUUGACGAGAUACCAAAGAAAGACCUGGAUCGACUGCGAGAAACGCCGUUCUUGCCCGGGGAAGGGAAAUUGGUCAAAACGGGGCAGGUGUUUAAAGCUUCAGAGCUUUAUGCCCCGGAUCAAGCUAUGUUAUUGCUUGGUUUGACACAGGCCAAGCUGCCAUUCGAAUUCAAAUCCAGUUCACGCGAAGGUGCGCUUCUUCUCCGCCUCGGUUUGAGGCAAUGGCCUGACUCUGCCACCAUUGCGAACGUUCUCCACCGCGCCGGUCAAGCUAGCGAUCAACAACUGUAUCUGCAGACUUUGGACUACUUCUUGCAGAACUACUACAAGAACAACUACGGUGCAGAAGUGGCCAAGUUCGCGGCUCUCACUCUUCCAAUCCUGCCGACAGAGCAAGCACCCUUUCCGAACCUCGUUGCACCCUUCCAAUGCUACAUGAACGAGAACUCAGCAUGCUUGGGCUUUGCCAUUCUAAGAUCUGACCUUCGUCCACAUGCCGAGAAGCUUGGAGUCAAACGAGACCCGGCAAUUGCACCUUGCGUUCAGCAAUUACUCAAGGCGCCACCAAAGAGCAAAAUCGAGGCAGAGAUGCAGUUUGCAUACUUUGCCAGCAGAGGAGCUGAGUUGGAUCAAUCUCGUGGACAUUUGAACAGCCUGUCGACUGCCAACAUUGUACCCAUUUUUCGGAGCUACUACCUUGAUCCAGGCUGCAGUGGCUUUGAGGACAGUUCAAAGCGACAGACGGGCAAGACCGAGAUGCGAAUCCACCACUAUAACCCCCCGGAGCACGUGUUCGUUGGUCGUGAUCAAGAGUAUCGAGGUAUUCUUGAUUACGUCCAUUACGGCGCGGAGGCUACAGCAUUCCUGUUGAAAAUCGGAGCGAAGCACGAGCCUAGCAUUCGCGACCUAGCAGAGCUUCUUACAUUCAAACCAGGUCGCUUUCUUAACACUAUCGGCCAAGAGAAAUACCUUGACUUGCUUCGAAAGCUGGCUGAGCAUGCACCUACUCUGUGGAAAGACAAGGCGCUUGUCGAGAAGCUGGUGGCAUCAAGAAUACUGCUGGGGUAUAGAGAUAUCAAGGAAGAUUCUAAGAAAGAGGAACCGGCAGAGGAUGAUUUGGAUGACUUUGAUGAGCCAGGCGUGCAUCGCGAGUGGUCGCUGAAUAGCGCCAAAGAGAUUGUCAUCAUCGACGAUGUCAACCAUCUGUACAGAUUCCGCGAUUAUAUCAUCGCCGCUCCACAAGAAGAAGUACUGGAGGAGUUCUACUUGCGCUUCGGUGCGCCCAAGGUAUCGGACCUUGUCAAGACCAACCAAACUAUCGGUGCAGUAGCUCGCGACCAGAGUCCUGCCAUUGGUCUGCGCAAGGAUAUCUUGGAGCGUGCUCGGCUAUUUCUUCACGAGUAUGAGCGUGAUGGCUCAUCGAAGGCCAUCCGGCACGAUGCAAAGUGGCUUGCAUCCAAUUUGACCGUACACUGCGUGUCAGACAUCUCUAUACGUUACUCACUCGCAGACCGCAACGUUGCAACCUCGUCUAAGAAGACAGCAAUCAUCCUCAAGAUGCGGGCUGCUGGAUAUGUGUUAAGCAUCACGCCGAAGUAUGACUUGUAUGAGGUCUCGAAAGAACUUGUCAGGCUCUUGGUUCUGCGACCGAAACAGAACGACACAAUCGCUUUGGAGCGUAUCCUUACAGAGCCAUUGCGAAGGCUGCAACAAAAGGGUAUCAAUGUCGAGCGUAUCCUUCGCCGAAAAGAACACGAGGCCCGCAUUGCAAAGCAGCAAGAAGUAGAGCAGGAGCAGGAAGAUCGUCAGCGUGCGGCGGAGCAAGCGAAAUCUGCUGUUGCCAAGACAGGAGACACUGAGAAUAUCCCGCCACCCUCGACUCCUGAGAGAUCUAACAACAUGCCUGGUGCAUUCGGUAACAGUCCAGAUACCUCGAUGGAGAUUGCUAACAAUAACCGUCAAUCGAUGGACAAUGGUCUGAUCAACAACUGGGCGAAGAAGCUUGGCUUCAAGAAUGCGCCGGCGCCUGAGACCAAGGGCACCGACGGGCCUCAGAUCAGUCGCGAUAUUCAGGCGACAAAAUCAAACAUCCAGAAUGCGAUCAAGGAGUGCAGGCCAGCUGGCCAACAGAAUAUCAAUACCAAGCAUCACCAAGAUCCAACAGAACUCGACAGAGGCGGUUACUGCAAUGGUGAGCAGUGGGAAAACCUCCACAAGGCAUUUUCUGUUCCGUUCAAUGGCAGACACGUCGACAUAUACUACGGCCGCGACGAAGCUGCGCCACCUGCAGAAUUGCAGUCACAGCUGAAUAGCUUCCUUCCUCUCAUCUUUGGGUUGACUGGCAUAUUCCAGGUCAACCCCGCAGCUGUCAAUAUCUUUCUCGACAAGAAAUCCAAUACCGUCGCUUUCAACCUGAACGGCAGUCUAUUCUUCAACCUGGCGUGGUUCAUGGCGCUGCAUGCGCCAAACUUUGGUGACCGGGAGGGUCGAUUGCGAGCCCUGGACAGCUGGUUUUUCACCUAUUGUCACGAGCUGGCACACAACCUGGUGGCGGACCAUAACGCGAGGCACAAUUGGUACAAUCAGCAGAUUGCUAUCGAGUACAGCCAGCAGUACCGUGCAGCAUUGGACAGUUUUACGAAGAACCUCUUGAUUUGA